AUGGCAUCUUCUUCUAAACUAGAACAGCUCCGGGAUUAUCUGUCGAGCCUGGACCCGAAGAAUUCGUUAAAAGGAGUUUCAUUCCACUAUGACACAGCCAACGAGCUCGGCUUCAACCCUGGCGACCCACUCGACUUCUUCGUCGCCACUCCAUUUGGCAAGUGGUCUAAUACAUCACCUCUAAUUCACAACGUCGUUGCAGUUGCUGUUUGCGAGGCUCUGGUAAAUGGUAUGACCUCAAAGAACAUAUCGAUCGGCAAAGAUGGAUCCAAGUACAUGUUCAUCGACUUACUCACCCUCGCACCAAUCAACUCCGCUUUCUUCACCAAGGGCAUCAGUCCAACUCUGAACAAGCUCGUCAAUGGUCUUCCAAGUGAUGUCACUCCAGUCAUCCGCCUACUAUGCGGUGACAACGGCAUCACCGCAGCUCAGUUCAAGGACGCUAGGAACGGAUCCGGGUGGAACGACUACAAGCAGAUUUUCUGGGCUAACCAUUGGCCAUCCAUCACGCAUCCCAAGGCUGAGCUUUACAUUGGCUCCUACAACCCCGACAUCAAGUUUCAGCCCGGAGGCAGUGAGGCCUACUUGAGGAAUUCGGCUUUAUCCGGCCAUCCAUGGGUAAUUGAUCUGGCCAUCACUCUCGUCAGCGAUGGCCUGUUGCCUCUUGCCAAGGUUGCCGAGAGUAAAGGGCUUCCAGCUCUCAGCUGGAACCACGCAAAGGUCACGGCGGUCAGUCGUACCACGAUGACCACGGGAGGUGCGAAUCUGUGGGACAGCUAUGACGAUACCCAGGUCGGGACCUUUGACUCUAUGGUCAAGAUCAGAGGCGAUGCAGCUAUUGAAGCUCACAAAUAUGCCGAUGCUUUGUGGAGGCAAGUGGAUUUUUUCAGGCAGAGACGGUUCCGCUUUUUUGGCAACACCAAGCGGUCCGUGAAGAACUCUGGAUCGCAAGCAGUUUUGACUACGAGUGACGUGGGCGAUCGUCUUCCCGGAUAUGGUAAACACCGAUAUCCUAUACUGGUCUUGAAUGUCGUGAUAGACAUUCUUAUGCAAUUGGUGUACAUGCAGACAACGAAAGGCUUCAACCCCUCGAGUGGCGCAACCCCUGACUUGAAGGUGAUGAACACCGUCAUCGACGUUUUGAGCCAUCAAUCCAUCCUCCCCGCCACGCAGCGGUUUGAUCUCAGCCCAGCUGUAUGGGCAAGCAAAGCCGCGCGAUUCCACGCCAUCGAGAGUGCGACGAGCAACAUUACACUCGCUCAGGAGAUCUUUGUGGAACCAUUCCUGCGAGGCAACCCAGGCGCCAAUGCCACCAAGGGGUGGCUCAACACCAAACUUGGCCUCGACUGGGACGAGUACGUGGUCCCGUACGACGUCAUGCAGGCCAUGUGCAAAGGUCUGCUCAACACUGUCAAGAAUAAUCCGCAGGGCAAGAGCUUCGGGAUGCACAUCUUGCUCACCACGAAGGAUGCCGGAGGAGGCUAUGGAGAUCCGUACUCGUGGAAGACCUUCCGGGAGAUCCUAGUUGGCCUUCUUGGCGCACAAGAAUUGCCGUCAGGUAUGACUGCUGCAGAAAUUAUUCAGGACCGGCUCCAUUGCAAGAGGACCAUGCACAACGAUAAUCGUUAUGGUCAUCACAGUAAGAUUGUCUAUGUGGAUAGGCAGCCUCUGUAUGUGGGAAGCGACAAUAUUUAUCCAGAGUACAACGAGCAGCAUGGUGUCUGGACUGACGAUGCGAAGAACAUUGAGGCGUGGUACAGCCAGUACUUUGAUACUGCGUGGGAAAAAGGAACCGACAUUGUCGAUUAG